CACACGACACCCACCUCCGACUCCACUGCCGCCCUACCACAAUCUCCGCUCUACGAUCAAUCGAAAGAGAGACAUACGCAUAACCUCACUACAACCGGAGCAAUGGCGUUGAAGCGCAUCAACAAGGAAUUGACAGAUCUCGGCCGUGACCCACCGUCAUCAUGCAGCGCAGGUCCGAUAGGCGAUGACCUCUUCCACUGGCAGGCAACCAUCAUGGGUCCAGGCGACUCACCAUACUCUGGCGGCGUCUUCUUCCUCGCAAUUCACUUCCCUACAGACUACCCCUUCAAGCCGCCAAAGGUCAACUUCACAACCCGCAUCUACCACCCGAACAUCAACAGCAACGGCAGUAUUUGCCUCGACAUUCUGAGAGACCAAUGGAGUCCCGCUCUGACGAUCUCGAAGGUGCUUCUCUCAAUCUGCUCCAUGCUCACAGACCCGAACCCAGACGAUCCGCUUGUACCGGAAAUCGCACAUGUCUACAAGACGGACCGCUCGCGGUACGAGGCCACAGCACGAGAAUGGACGAGGAAGUACGCCAUCUAGAUGGACGACGGGCUAGAGGAUGGGAAUGAAGAUGCGACUGGGUCUGAACCCUGCGAUCGGCAAGACGCGGAACCCGUUGAGCUAUCGGCAGGCUGCAGCUGGAGACGGUGCAUCUGGGCAAGGCGUGCAUGUGCUUCACGG